UAAGUGCAUUCUGGGAAGACAUACCGACGGCUAAUGGCGGCGUAAACAAUGCGAGAACUAAAAAUGAAAUGAUAUAAAAGUCUAUGUUUUUCCACAUUAAAAAUGUAUUUAUAGACCUGUAGGUUCAGUUGGCAAUAGGCCAUAACAUCUUAAUGAAAGAUAAGUUGAUUAAUUUAUAAUGAUGGAUGAAGAAAGCAUCCUUGAUGCGGAGAUCCAACAACAACUGGAACUAAUUAACCUAGAUGAAUUAGAAGAUGAAGAUCCAAUAAAUUGUGAUGAAAAUUUUGAUGUGGAGAAUAUUUCCGAGAAUAACAGUGAUGUUCAUUUAUCAAAAGAUCUGCAAGCCUACCUUGAUAUGGUACAACAACAGUCAAAUAGAUUAGAAGAAGAACUUAGAGCUUGUGAUGAUGUUCUUAAUUAUACAAAUACACUGGAUACAAAUGUUGCACCUUUAAAUGAUGUACUGUUAGAAGAAGAGGCUAAGCUUAGAGGAAUUGAUCACAUAGAACUUCAGAGACAGAUAUUAGCUGAUGUAGAAAAGAAUGAAAUAAUACUUACAGAAGAAAGCGAUGAAGAAGAUGAUAAAAGUAUAGGUGAUGAGAAAGCUCUAGUUCUGUUAGAUGAUCAUAUGAGGAUGAAAAAACAACUAGUAGAUCAACUGAAACAAAUAGAACAAGAGUAUGAAGAUAAAAAACUAAAAUCAAUAGAGGAAAAUAAAAAUAGACAAUUAGAGGAAGAAGCUAAAAAUAAACUAAAUGAAGAAAGGCGUCAAGUUAUUCGAACAGAUUUACAAAAACAAGAACAAGAACUGGAACAGCUUAAAAUGACAAUACAUAGUAAACUAGAAAAAGAAUAUGAGGAGCAACAAGAAGACAUGAAAGAAAAAAGAAAAAUAUUUGAAGAGAAAAUAGCAGAAAUGACCGAAACAUUAGAGAGAGAAAAAAAUAGUUUAAAUCAGACAGUUGCAAACCAAAAAGAAAAACAAAAAACCAAAGAAAAUGCGUCAGCUACACUGAUUCAAAAAACUUUUCGAGGAUACAAAGUUAAAAAACAAUAUGGAGAUACAUUGAAUGCAAGGAUAAUAGAAGGAAAAGAGAAAAGAAUGGAGGACCGAAUUAAACAAAUUGAAGAAGAAAAACAAAAGAUACAAAAUCAGGAGGAAGAAUUAAAAAGACAAGAAAUGGAAAAAGAAAGAUUAGAAGAAGAGAAAAAGAAAGAAGAACAAAGAAAAAUAGAAGAUGAAAAAUUAAAAGCGGAAAAAUUAAAAAAAGAACAACAGCAAAAAGAGGCAGAGCGCUUAAAAGAAGAAGAAAGGAAUAGAGAGGAAGAACGUUUGAAAGAAAAGCAGAGGCAGAUAGAAGCAGAGAAAUUGAAUGAGGAACAGCGCAAAAGAGAAGAAGAAUUGAAAGAAGAGCAAAGAAAAAAGGAGGAAGAGAGAUUAAAAGAAGAACAACAGAAAUUGGAAGAAGAGAGGCAGAAAGAAGAACAACGCAAAAGGGAAGAAGAUAAAUUGAAAGAAGAAGAGAGGUUAAAAGAGGAACAGCAAAAACUUGAAGAAGAAAAAAGAAAAGCAGAACAACAAAAAGUAAUAGAUGAAAAAUUGGAAAAAGAAAACCAAAAACGAGAAGAAAAGAGAAAAAUGGAAGAAGAAAGAUUGAAAGAAGAAAAGAAGAAAAUAGAGGAAGAGAAACUGAAGCAGUUAAAGGGAGAGAAUAAUACUUCUGCUAAUAGUAUGACAGAUGAAUUAGAGAAAAGACGACUAGCCUGGAUUAAAGACUGUCUACCUUGGAGCAAAAUUAGCAAUGAACCAUGGAAGUUGAAAGUUGCAGCUUUAAAGAAACCUCCAAGGCGAUCUGCCACAGCCAGAAAAUUACCUCCCUUAGAUGAGAAACUUAUCUUAUCUUCUGCAGAGUCAAAGUCAUUAAAACAAGUGACAACACUGGAGUUAUUAAACUUGCCAGGUUUUAGUUUAAGUACAUUAGGUGAAUGUUGGGGAUUACAGUAUUUAACAUUAACUAAAUGUAAUCUAGUAGCUAUAGAUGGUUUAUCACAAUGUAAACAAUUACAAUAUUUAAAUCUGCAGGAUAAUGUGAUAGAAUACGUGGAUGUAAAAGAUUUAGGAAAACUACAAGUUGUUAAUUUAUCUCAUAAUAAAAUUAGUGCUAUACAUGGAUUAGAUGGUUGUAUAAAUAUACGAUACCUGGAUCUGGCACAUAAUAAAAUCACAAGAUUGGGGGGAUUAUCAUCAUUAAGAAGAUUACAUACGUUACUAUGUAAUAAUAAUCAACUAAUAGAUACCAGUGGAUUAUCUGAUGUGGUUAUGUUACAGAUAUUAGAUGUCUCCAAUAAUCAUUUACAGUCAUUGACAGAUGUAUAUAACUCUUGUCUUCUACAAAAACUAGUAGUUUCUAAUAAUAACUUACAACAAGUACCGGAUCUAAGUAAUAAUGUGUUAUUAGAUGAAUUAGAUUUAUGUAAUAACAGUAUAUCAUCAUUAUCAUCUUUAUCUACGUACUGGUUACCUUUAUUACAUACACUUAAACUAGAUCAAAACAGCAUUUCAGAACUUCCAAAUUUAGCCAAUUUAUUUUUACUUCAAACAGCCUUAUUGAGCCAAAAUGAAAUUGUUGAUGUGGGAAACGUAACAAGUAGUUUAUCAAACUGUCAACAGUUAAAAACAAUUUCUGUAGAAGGAAACCCAGCAUUUGAUGAUCCUGAUAACAGAACAAAAUUGACAAAAUGUUUUUCUCGACUGUCAAAAAUUGAUAAACAGGAUGUACAACCUAGCAACCACAGUAAAUAUAAAUGUAAUACUGGUAUAGAAGAGAUGUGUUGUUAUCAAUCAAAUACAUACCAUAAUAUGGUCGAUACUUUAUUAAAGGAAUUAUUAAAACUGCAGUCAAAGACACCAGUAAAUCAAGCCAAACUAUGUAGUUGUUAUUUCACCUUUUGUGAUAAAGCUAUGCAGACAGCAGUUGAAUUUAGAUAUGCUCAUGAAUAUGGUGACACUACCAUUCCGUCAAAUGAACCAAAUAUAAAAUCUAGUCAGUCAAAAUCAAAUCAAGUUAGUCCUGCAUCCCGUCAGUCUGUAUUUUCAACACCCAAAGAUAUGUUUGAGAAAGCAUUAAAAAAGGGCAGUGACCCUGUUCCGUCCAAUAACCCUAAAAAUUUAUUUGAAAAAGCAUUGAAUAAUUCGCCGAAAGACAUGUGCGAAACAGCAUUUAAAAAGAGCGGUGACCCUGUUCUGUCAAAUAAUCCAAAAGACAUGUUCGAAAAAGCAUUAAGAAAGAGCAGUGAACCUGUUUCAUCAAAUGAUCCAAAAAAUUUGUUUGAAAAAGCAUUGAAUAAGUCUUCCGAGAUUAAUAGUUCUGUUGAUAUAGAAGAAAUCUGGGUGGCAGCCAUUAUAAUCCAAUCAGCAUGGAGAGGUUAUAGGACCAGACAGAAAUUAAAGUAUCCACAAGAAUGGCACCAGGCAGCAACAAUGAUACAGGCUGCGUGGCGAGGAUAUUAUUUACGGAGAAGAUUACAAAUGGCGUUAAAUUAUGCUCAGUUUGAGGAAGCUAUGGACAUGGAUUUACCUGAUAUUGAUGCUAAUGAAUAUAAUUUUGAUGAGAAACAUUUUGACAUGGACUGGAGACCAGCAGACACACCUCAACUCCCACAAAGGCAUCCAGUAUUAGGAAAACCACCAUUAGCGAAGAAGAAUAUUACAGGUGUACCAGUAUUAGAUAUUAAUAAAUCACCACCACAAAUAAAACAUGCCUGGAGAAAUUUAGACUCACCUUUAUCUGAGAUAAGAGGUCCACAUCCCCGACCACCAUCAUCCCUUAACUCUACUAUUAUAUCUCAUCGAUCUAAGAAAAGUGAACAGCUUUCGGAGGAAUGGGGCUUUAAAGAUUCACGUACAGCAGACUUAAUGAUACAGAGAGCUAAAAAGAUGAAAUAUAAUGCACAAAGAAAGAAAAAACUGGGAAAAUUAGAUCCUAAACAGCGCCUUGCUUUAUUCCGUAAACUAGAAGAAACAGCUCCAUUAAACCCUGUAACUCCACCUGUACGGAAAAUAUUACCCAGAAAAGAAUAUUUCCAAGCUAGAGAAGAAGAGAUAUUACGUCAGGAUAGAGACAAGAGAAUAGAUAUUAGUAAUCGUGCCAAUAGAACAUACGAAUGGUUACAUACACAAGUUGGUGAUCAUGAUUUAUCAUCACCUACACCUAGGCAUGGGGUACAGUCUACAGGACAUUAUGGAUCUACAUCAAGUCUUACAUAUCAUGAUAACCAUACAAAAUCUGAGAGUCAUAGAAGUCCAUGCUUUGAUAUGAAAAGUUUACGUCAAAGAAGACAUUCCGCUAGUGAAGAUCAUAGCUACUGGGGAAAACCUACAGUUUUGCCUCCCAUUAAAACAACAUCAGCUCCAUCCAAACCUAAAGAAAAAAUGUCAUGGCGGAAUCCAGUAGUUGAGAAAAGUGUAGGUUGGGGAGGAGGAAAAAAACGAUCAGCAAGAAAAUAAAGUGACCAGAGUAGCUAUAGGAAAAUAAUAUUUAUUGAUGCAAUAUAAUUUAUACAAACUAUAUAUAUUUAUGUACACUGUAAGAGUAUAUAUAUAUAUGUUGAUUGAAUAUAAAUCACAUAUUGA